AUGGAAGGGAUAAAACUUGUACUCCUCGACAUUGGUGUGUUGCGCCGCCAUUCGAAGCCUGUGUGAGGUGAGAUUGCUGCUGACUGGGACACAGAGGGUACUGUCUGCCCAAUCUCCUUCGUCAAGGAAACACUGGUAAGUCUUUCACCGCUCUCCGCGUGUUGCACGUCCGGAUGUCCUCUGCUCUCGUCGCGUCCGCCGCUGACACUGCUCUCACCGUAGUUCCCGUACGCCAUCAAAGCACUUCCCGACUGCCUUGCCCGGAAGUGGGAGGAUGCAGACUUCCAGCCUUACCGCGAUGCUUUCCCAGAGGAGUACCGACAUGACCCAGACGCACUGCAGGCGCACGUCGAAGAUCUAACCAAGCGGGACGUGAAGAUCGCCUAUCUCAAGAAUCUCCAAGGAUAUCUCUGGGAGGACGGCUACAAAACAGGCGCCUACUCGACUACGCUCUUCUCGGACGUCGUUCCCGCACUGCGACAGUGGAAAGACGACGGCUAUGCGCUGGCAAUCUAUUCCUCCGGCAGUGUCUUCGCCCAGAAGCUGCUCUUCGGACAUGUCUCCCAACAAGCCACCGAUGCGGCGUCUAGGAAACGUGGUCGCCCGGAUGACGAAGCCGAAGAUCAGGCGACGGAUGGCGCUGCACCGCCGCCUCCGAGCAAGAAGGUCGUCACGGAAGACGGUGAGACUGCCGCGGUGGAUCCUGAGGCAUCAAAUGGGAACGACCACGACGUCAACUUCUCAGCCGAAGAAGCGCCUACCAGUAACGACGCUGCUCACGAAGCCCCUGAGCCCACUUCCGAGGCGUCAGCUACGCCGACCAGUGGCGGUCACGACGAUGACGAGGCUGGUAAUCAAGCUGCGGACUUGACUGGUCUUUUCCAGGAUUGGUUUGAUACAACGAAUGCUGGGUUGAAGACUGAGUCGGACAGCUACACCACGAUUGCCGCCGCGCUGAAGGUACGAGUUUCGAAGCAGCCCAACACAUUUGUUCACUGACUUUCGCGUCGAUAGCUUGAACCUCAGGAGAUACUGUUCCUCAGUGACAAUGUUAAGGAGGUCAAAGCAGCGCUUGAUGCGAAGAUGCAUGCCAUUCUUGUUGAUCGCCCCGGAAACGCGCCUCUCUCAGAACAAGACAAGAAAGCAUAUGAGGUCGUGGACUCUCUCGACAAAAUCAAGCUGACCAAGUAG